GUUGGUGAAGAGGAAGGAGGACGCACUCCUGAGUUAGUAUCCUCAGCUGCAUUCUGUUUUUAUUUCAUUUCUGAAUUCAAUUCAAGCAUAACAACCGAGUCGAAAAUCUGCUGGACUGCUACACACUUAUUUACUGAGGAACUCGACAAUCCAUAUUCUCCUCAUCUUUCUCGAGGAGGCUGCUGGUAUGAGUGUCUGUGGCAGGAAAGCGCUGACCCUGCUAAGCAGCGUGUUUGCAGUGUGUGGCCUGGGACUGCUGGGCAUAGCUGUUAGCACUGAUUACUGGCUCUACCUAGAGGAAGGGAUAAUCCUGCCCUUCAACCAGAGCACCAACAUCCACACAUGCCUACAUUCUGGCCUGUGGAGACUCUGCUUCCUGUCAGGAGAGGAGGUCGGUCGCUGCUUCACUAUAGAGUAUCUCAUGCCUAUGACUGUGCAACUGACCAGUGAAUCUACAGUCAGCGUCCUGAAGAUGAUUCGCACAGCCACCCCUUUCCCCCUGGUCAGCCUCUUUUUCAUGUUCAUCGGCUUCGUGCUCAGUAACAUCGGACACAUUCGGCCUCACCGCACCAUACUGGCCUUCGCUUCUGGAAUCUUCUUUAUCCUUUCAGGUCUCUCUCUGGUGGUGGGUCUCGUUCUUUACAUCUUCAGCAUAAAUGACGAGCUACUGAACCGAAGUAAAACUGAUGAGACUUAUUUCAACUACAAAUACGGCUGGUCUUUUGCUUUUGCUGUGAUCUCUUUCCUAUUGACAGAGAGUGCUGGCGUUAUGUCGGUCUACCUGUUCACUAAGCGCUAUACAGCUGAAGAGCUGUACAGGCCCCAUACGAACUUCUACCGUCCCCGUCUCAGCAACUGCUCUGAGCACUCUACUCAGUUCCUGCAGCACUGCCACAGUCCCUCAGACAUCUCCAGUGAGGCCUCGCUCCAGAUGAACAGCGGCUACCCAGCCCUGCACAAGAGCCCUGAGUAUGAACAAGUCUCCUCCUCACUCUGCUAAACAUAGACAGAUGGAUGGAUGUGAAGGCAGACAGGUGAUAAAUAGCUGGCUGAUUGGGUGGAUAGAUGGAAGUCAUUUGGGACAUUCUUUAUUAUAUAAUAAUGUAGAAACAUCAGAAAGUUAGAGACAUGUUAUAAUCUCCUUAAACUCUGGGGUUUGAUAUAGCGGUUUUGUUUUGUUCACCAGCAGGGGGCAGAAAAAUGAAACUGCUGACAUGCGCUUAGUGCCAGAAUUUCUAACCAACCACAAUGACUGUCUUUAUUUAUAACUGAUCAUUGACGCAUGUAGUGAAGAUAUUUCAUGUUAAACAACAAUAUAAAUAUAAUAAGGACAAGCUUCAUUACAAUGUACCUGACACCCCAACCUGUGGGUGGUAAUCAGGAACAGCUGCAGUCUGGUAUGGUGUCUGCAUUCGCUUUCCAGUUCCAUCUGCUCUCCUUCAUAAUAAGUCUGUGUGAAAAAUCUGUUAAAUUGCACUUGUGUAUGAUCUGUGCAGAGAUAAAAGAACAACAGAAACAUCUAAUUAAAACAUUAGAAAAGGUAAUCCUGGGAUUUAAUAAAGUUGUGUGCAAAUCUUUUCUUAGUCUACACCGAACUAAACAUUCUAGCUGUAUUUACAAACCUUUAAGUCAUCCCAGGCAUGACUUAAAAAUGUAAAAGCGUAUUACCAUUACACUAUUUAGUGACACACACAAAUUCUUUUCUAAAAAAAAGCAGGACAUUCAAAGAGUCGCAAACUCAGAAAGCAAAAUGAGGAAAAGUGAAAUAAAAGGAAUCUCAGAAGCAGUAGUGGAAGUUAUUUUGAUACAUGUCAAUGACCAGUUGAGAAAAAUGUAUAAUUUAGCAACAUGAGAUCCUGAAAAAGUUAUAGAAAAAGUGGUUUAGGUGUGAAUUAAGUGAACACAAAAGUGUUUAACACAAUAACUGUAGAAAAAAAGCUACAUUGUACCUGGUGAUCAGACACACCAUAUACAUCGCUUAAUAAACUACUACAUUUAAUAGUUUCCUUGUUAAUGGCUGAACAUCUCUUAAACCAGGAGGACAUGUGUCUUUAGGAAACUUAAAAAGAAGUCAGAUGGGACCCAGCACACUCGAGAUUAUAUGGCCUAAGUAAGUUAAACUCAUACCACAUCAGUCACUUAGCAUCCUUUGAAACAUAAACUCGGUUAAAUAUAUGCUAAGGAAUGGCACAAGAUUGUUCGGUCGGUGUGCCUCUGAAGUGUUGCACUACAUUGCUUACAUCCUCCGAAACAAAUCAUACCAAUCUCUAAAUAUGUUUUUUUCUUUUCUCUUAAAUAUGCACUCUAUCUUCCAGUAGCAUAAUGACAGCUGAGCCACUGCAGAAACCAGCAUAUACUCAUUUAUUAGAAUGCCAUUUCUUCUGUGUUCAUUGAAAAAACUAAAUUUUUUGUAAAAAAAAAUGUGUAAAUUAAUAGAUUUAUAGCUUAAUUCCAUUAAUUAUUAUAUUUUAAGGAAUUUUGUUUUGGUAAAUAAGGAGAUUAAUAUGAAACAAACAUGUUACACUAUUUAUUGUAGUAAAGCAAUGCGUGCAAUUAAAAUACUUACAUUUUUUGAAAAGAAUUUUUCAGAAACUUUACAAUUUUUUUGCAAAUGUUUGUUUGGAUAUUUCUUUUUGACCUUGCAAUCCAGUUCAUCCAAGAGCACUUUAAUAGAAUUUAGGUGCAGGGACUGGGCAGGAUAUCACCGACUGCUUGCCCACUAAAUAACACUUACAGAGCUUAGACAUGUGCUUCGAGUCGUUACCUUGUUGAAUGGCGAAGUUGGUUCCAGUUCGCCGCAGUCCAGACCAAAUUAAGCUUACAUUUCUAUGUUUAACUGUGAGUGUGAGGUAAUCUGCUAACAUCAUCAUCUUUCCUGUUCUCUGCUUACAUGCUAAGUUCUUCUGUUGGAGCCAAAAAUGUCAAAUUUGUACUCAACUGUCAACAGAUCUUUCUUCUUGUGUUCUUGCCUUUUACCUACAACAUACGUUUAAAAAAAAAAAAAGGUGUUUUGAAAGGCACUGUAUUUGAAUAUAUUUGUGGUCUUUGUAUUU